AAGAGGUGAUCCGGGGGAGCUUCAGUCUCAUCCUGGGCGACUCACGAAAGCCAGAGCCUAGUGCAUUUUCCAGUUUCAGAAGGAAAUCCGGUAUCUUUCACAACAUGCGGGCUUCAUCCUAUACCCAGAAGAGCUUGCAGRUCAGCAGCUCCGCCAGCAAAGUAAGAGUUCAAAGCCCGUCUCCGUCCCGGUGCCGUGGAUCGUCAUACGACAGCCGCGGGCGCUCUGGUUACCGUGGCACUGCAGUCGAGGUCGGGACAGAGAUACACCAGCACCAUGCCAACGAAAAGGAGGAGAUGCAGGAGCUCAACGUCAAGUUUGCAGGAUACAUCUCAAAGGUCCAGGCCCUGGAGCAGAGAAAUGCCGCUCUGCAGGCGGAGCUGGCCACUCUGCAGGACCGCUACAAGGGAAGCCCGAGUGGCAUCAGCGAAGAAUACGAGCUCAAGUUCAAAGAGGUUCGGGAUCUGAUUGAAGCCCUUACCAACGAGAAGGGAGCAGCUGACAUUCAGCGAGGCUACAUUGAGGAGGAGGUGGAAGUAUGGCGACUAAAGUUGGAGGAGGAGCUGGCGCUCAAAGAAGAAGCAGAGAUGAUUCUGACGGAGUUUCGUCAGGACGUUGACAGCGCCACACUGCAGAAGGCCGAGCUGGAGAAGCGCAUAGAACAACUAGUGGCAGAGAUCGAGUUUCUCAAGAAACUCCAUGACGAAGAGGUGGCCGACCUCAUGAAGCAGAUCGAAGACUCAAAGAUUACAGCCGAGAUGGACGGCGACCGUCCUGACCUCGCUGCUUACCUGCGCAACAUGCGCGCAGAAAUAGAAUCCGUCGCCGCCCGAAAUGUCCAAGAAGCCGAGAAGUGGUACAAGAGCAAAUUCGACACCCUGAAGGAGCACGCGGGCAAACACGAAGAGCACAUGAAAGUCAUGAAAGAAGAGAUCGCAACCUACCACAACCAGGUGUCAGACCUGCAGAACCAGAUCGACAGCCUGCGAGCUCGCAAUGCCGCCCUGGAGCAGCAGCUGGAGGAGAUGGAGGACUCCCACAUGGACAAGGUGGGAGGUCUGGAGAGCAUCAUCGCUCAGCUGGAGGCGCAGCUCUGUGAGACCAAACUGGAGAUGACCAAGUACCUUCAAGACUACCAGGAACUGCUGCACAUCAAGCUCAAGCUGGAUGCAGAGAUCGCCACCUACAGGAAGCUACUGGAAGGAGAAGAGCAGAGGCUGGGAAUUGCUAAGGAUGCCUAAUCCACAUGGAGAGCUGUGAAGAGUUGGUGCACAACAUGAGCAGAGAUCACCUUGUUUUAGAGACUUCAAAGGUCUUAAGCAAAGGACUUGAUAUUGUUUAACAUUUUAAUAGCAGUGGUAGACGGCUUUCAUUAUUUAACUGAACACAUAAAAGUCUAACUUACUGUUCCUGGUGGAAAUUCAGUAACUGAAAAAUAAUACAAAUACAAAUGUAGCAGCAAUGUGCAUCUAUGCAUAGUCUCGGAUGUAUUUUAUGUUAAGACAAACAGCUCUUCUCCUGUGUAAUUCAUGUUUGACUCCAUUAUGCAUUAGUUCGCUGCCAUCGCUGCUGUCCUCCAUCUUUCCUGAACAUUUUCACAUUAUUUUCACAUCUCAUUUCAUAUCUGGGUUUGGCAGGCUUCAUCUCUCCCUGCUUGUCUCCCCUCUCCUUUACUCCAGCUCCUGCAGUAGUCCUGCUAAAUUUACCUCCCCCUUUUUUCCUGCCAAGUCAGCCCCGCUUGUCGUACCUCUGUCACUUCCCUAUGCUUCUGUCUCUCGCUCCSUGUCAUCAGUCUGCUGCCUCCUGUCCAACUUUCCUUCACAGUAAAACUCCCGACUUGAAGCGAAUGAAGAAGGCCACCCUUAUUAAUUCUGAAUGUUUUGACAAGAAACAACUGUUAACCAUUUACAGUAAUGCUUACCAGCUUUUACUAAAUAAAGACUGAACUGAGUGCAUACCAAACCAUGCUGUUGUCUCUUUCCUCUAGCUUCCCUCUUAACUCUUUUCUCUGGAAAAAAACUUCUUAGGAUAUCAGACCUUUCAGUGUAACYAAUACUGUUUUAACCUUGUUUAAAUACCUUAUUCCACAUUGUUUGUUCAUCCAUUUGACAUAUUUUUGAGUUAGGGUUGGUUUCCAUAAAAUCUUCUCAUUAGGGAUACAAACUGAUGUGUGGUUUAGAUCAUCUUAUUUUGAUGAAAAGCAGAGUAUUAACCACUUUGAGAUGUAUUUAUGAGCUUCCUGUGAWUUGAACUGCGGUCCUGGUUGCAGGAAGCAGAGUGUGAGACGAGAGCUUCUUGGCUGAUUGGAUGCAUGAUCAGAAACUGAAUUGCAUAACAAAAUACACACUUCUUACUUUUA